AUGGCAGUCGCAGAUAUUGAUCGUCCUGUGGCAUUAAUUGACACAUCCUGCUAUUCUGCAGAUUGUAGUCUUUCUGCCCUGGUACCGCAACAUGCAAUGAAGCCAUAUCGUUUAUUAGUUACAAUGGAGCUUAUUAAAAGUUUGGGACUAGAUCGCCAUUGUCGAACAGUCGUACCACCCCUUAUUGGAAUUGAACAGUUACAGACUUAUCAUGCAGAAGAUUACAUUUCGAACCUUGGUCUCCAUAGCAGUCAAAGUUGGUUAUGGAAUACAGAAAUUUCAAAGGUGACUUUUUCGGGGGAUUGUCCUCCAGUAGAAGGGAUAAUGGAACAUUCGCUUUCUACUGUAAGCGGUUCACUUAUGGCAGCCAUACUCUUGAACAGUGGAAAGGCUGAUACUGUUAUUCAUUGGGGUGGUGGAAUGCAUCAUGCAAAAUGUGGGGAAUGCUCUGGAUUUUGUUAUGUAAACGACAUAGUUAUUGCCAUUAUUGAACUACUGAAAUGUUACAAAAGAGUCUUGUAUGUGGACCUUGAUAUGCAUCAUGGAGAUGGUGUUGAUGAAGCUUUUUGUCAAAGCAAUAGAGUGUUUACACUAUCUCUUCAUAAAUUUGGCGAAUCAUUUUUUCCCGGUACGGGGCACCCACGUGACGUAGGAUUUGGAAAUGGACGUCAUUGCACCAUGAAUUUGGCUUUGUGGGAUGGUAUAGAUGAUUUUUUCUACACAACAAUUUUUGAACAUGCACUUUCCUCAAUUGUGAAGCGAUACAUACCUGAUGUUGUGGUUUUACAAUGUGGUGCAGAUUCUUUGGCUGGAGAUCGUCUUGGACACUUUAACUUAUCGUCAUGGGGACAUGGAAAAUGUGUUGAGGAAGUCAAAAAGAUUGGUUUGCCAAUGCUGGUGUUGGGAGGAGGAGGUUAUACCUUAAGAAACGUUGCAAAGCUUUGGGCUUACGAAACAAGCAUUCUCUGUGGUAAGAAAUUGCCUUUGAAUACAGUUGUUCCUGUCCAAAGAAUGCCCCUGAGUGGCUGGUUAUUUGAAGGUUCGACUCAGUUGUUAGUUGCACAAGAUGAAGAAAACAAGCCACUUCCCGGAGUCAAUGUCCAGCGAGCCUUUAGGAUGGUCAUUGAGCAAAUUGAUAAGCAAUGUCCUAAUAUCAGCUUUCCCUAA